CGCCUGACCCUUGGCGACCCCGGAAGUGGGUCGGGGGCUUGGCCUCUGCCCGGCCGCGGAGCCGGAGCGGGCGGUGGUGGCCGCUGGGGUCCCGCCAGGCGAGCCUGUCUAGUGGCGGAGCCCGGAAGCGGCCCGGAUCGCGGGCCCAGGAUGCUGAACGUCCCUUCCCAGGCUUUCCCGGCCCCCGGCUCCCAGCAGCGCGUCGCCUCCCAGGGGCGCAGCAAGGUACCUUUAAAGCAAGGUAGAAGUCUUAUGGACUGGAUUCGACUGACCAGAAGUGGAAAGGACUUAACCGGUCUGAAAGGCAGGUUAAUUGAUGUAACUGAAGAAGAGCUUAAGACCCACAACAAGAAAGACGACUGUUGGAUAUGCAUAAGAGGCCUUGUUUACAAUGUCAGCCCAUAUAUGGAGUAUCAUCCUGGCGGGGAGGAUGAACUUAUGAGAGCAGCAGGAGCAGACGGGACAGAUCUUUUUAAUGAGGUUCACCGUUGGGUCAAUUAUGAAUCCAUGCUGAAAGAGUGCCUGGUUGGCAGGAUGGCUAUGAAGCCUGCUGUUCCAAAAGACUGUCAUGAAGGAAAGAGAGUCUUAAAUGUAGAGCCCAGACCCCUUAAACUGAUGCCAGUCUCUGCUAGCACUUUGAGAGGGAGACGUUCUUUUGGACCACCUUACUUACUCUGCUCUAACUCAGACUUACUGCCGUGUUCCCAGAAGGAUGGGUGCAUGCUUCCCAAGAGUCAAGUGACAGAUACACUGCCCAAGGAAGGCCCUAGUUCUCCAAGCUAUGACUGGUUCCAAACGGAGUCCUCAGUCACCAUUGUUAUAUACACCAAACAAAAGAAUAUCAAUUUAGACUCAGUAGUCGUUGACCUCCAGGAUGACAUCUUGAGAGCAGAACUGGCAGUUAUCAAGGAUCAUUCUUAUCUUAUACAUAUUGAGCUAAGCCAUGAAGUUCAAGAAAAUUUUUCUGUACGGGCCAUUGAGAAUGUUGGAAAAGUAGAUAUUGUCCUACAAAAGAGAGAAAACAUUUCUUGGAAAUGUCUUGGUCAUCCCUUAGAGAAGCAUGAUUCCUUUAUUCCAAAGAAAGAUACAGGUUUGUACUAUAGAAAGUGCCAAUUAAUUUCCAAGGAAGAUGUUACUCAUGAUACAAGGCUUUUCUGUCUGAUGCUGCCUCCAAGUACUCACCUUCAGGUGCCAGUUGGGCAACAUGUUUACCUCAAGCUCAGUGUCACAGGUGCAGAAAUAGUAAAGCCAUAUACACCCGUGUCUGAGUCCUUACUCUCAGACUUUAAAGAACCAGUUCUUCCCCCAAAUAAAUACAUCUACUUUUUGAUCAAAAUCUAUCCUGAUGGACUCUUCACACCAGAACUUGAUCGUCUUCAGAUCGGAGAUUUUGUUUCUGUAAGCAGUCCUGAGGGCAAUUUUAAAGUAUCUAAACUCCAGGAUGUAGAAGAUCUCUUUUUGUUGGCAGCUGGAACAGGCUUCACGCCAAUGGUUAAUGUACUCAAUUACGCUUUGACUUCCAUGUCCAGCCUCAGGAAGGUGAAGUUGAUGUUCUUCAAUAAAACAGAGGACGAUAUAAUUUGGAGAUGCCAACUAGAGAAAUUAGCACUUAAAGAUAAAAGAGUUGAUGUUGAAUUUGUCCUCUCAGCACCUUCUUCAGAGUGGAGUGGCAAACAGGGACACGUGUCACCAGCUCUUCUCUCUGAAUUUUUGCAAAGAAGUUCAGAGAACUCCAGAGUCUUCCUUUGCAUCUGUGGACCAACACCAUUUACAGAUGAGGGCAUAAGGUUGCUGCAUGAUCUUAACUUUUCCACUGAUGAGAUCCAUGGUUUUACAGCAUAACGAAAAGCUGCCAUUGUCUUUUAUUCAACUAGUUUAUAUUUGUGAUUGCCUAGGAUUUUUUUAAAAGAAGUUUUGUAUGUACGAAAGGUUAACCAGGCUUCCAUUUCUGGAAUGAAGUCAUGUGUCUUCAGUACAGGUAACUUGGUUAGUUUUGUACCGUGACUUAUUUGACUCCUGAUGCCCGACCUGGAAUGUCAAUCAUGGCAGCAGGUGCAUACAAGAGCCUUUGUUAUGAACUGCAAGUUUUCCUUACCACUGCAAUUGUAUCACUGUUCUGCAGUAAACACCUGUAUUUUAUGACAUGAUAGCAAUCAUUUGAUCACUUUCUAUGCUGCAAGAUGUCUUCUGAGCAAUAUAGAUUAAAUUUUACACUGCACUGUUUACUCAGGAAUUGUUGGUGUAUGUCCUUAUUAAUCUUAAAACAUGGAAUGCUGUAACUAUUGGUGAUCCACUUCUGUGGAUGUCCAUGGCAUUGAUACAGAGUAGAAUAAAAUUAUUCUCUCAUAUUUUGA